AUGACCGCGACCAGGUCGCGGCUGAAGCGCUUGGCGGAGGUGGCCCCGGAUGACGCGCCGGAGGCCCUCGAGCGCGGUGAUCCACAGCCGGCAGACGUGCCGGUACCGGUGGACAUGGAGGAUCUCGCGGCGCAGCCGGCGCCAGCGGAAGGACCUCAGCUGCCAGCUGGAGUGGCAGUCGUGUGGAACGCCAGUGAGGGGAGGCACAUGCGGGUGCUCGCCCUCGAUAUGGCGUCGAUCGAGCUGGUUGAGCUCGGAGUGCUGACGAGAGCGAAGGCGGAGUUGCUUCCGCUCGUUCGCGAACAGGUCAGUGGCCAUUGGGCCAGCGCCGGCGUGGACAUCGCCGACGAAGAGGUGGACAGCAUCGCCCUAUCGGCGUUGCAGCUGGGCGCCGUGGACGUGGCCGAGGUGUACUCGCCACAUCGGUUCUCGGCUCGGGCAGCGGAAUUUCAGCUGCGCCCGGGCUUCGCGGCGGACCUGGAGGAACUCAAGGAGGACGGGACGCCGUGGGACUUGCGGCGCCCCGAGGAUGUCAAGGAGCUCGAGAGGCAGCAGGAGCGGAUGGAUCCCAUCCUGCUCACGGGGUCCCCUCCAUGCGAGAAGUUCAGCUUGCUGAGGGGCCUGAGCGCCAAGUUCAGGACCGAUGAGCAGGAGGCGGCUGAGAUGGAGGAGGCCAGACACCACCUGAAGGUGGCAGUCGACGCCUACUGGCGUCAGCUCAGGAAGCCAGGCAGGUACUUCCUGCAUGAGCAUCCCUGGAGCGCGCGAUCGUGGAAGGAGGACAUCGUCAAGGAGCUGGUCGCGCAUCCAGGAGUCUUCACGGUCAAAGGCCCCAUGUGUCGGUGGGGCAUGAAGCUCACGAACCCACGCAGUGGUCGGGAGGAGUUCGUGCGCAAGGAGACCGGAUGGGUCACCAACCAUCCAGGCUUAGCCCGGAGGCUGCAGGGCACUUGCAGCAAUGUGGACGGCCGCGCGGAAUGGCAUCGCCACAUCAUGCUCGUGGGCGGCAUCGCGCGGUUCGCGAAGGUCUAUCCACCGAAGUUGGUAGAGGCGGUGCUGGAGGAGCUCAAGGACACGCUGGAUGACGUGGGAGAGCUCAGCACCGCCCAGGUGCAGCAGUCGGGCCCAGUCCCUGUGGACGCGGCAGUGCCGCCCGGGGACUGGACGAGUUACUGGGACGACGUCAAUGGCGGCUACCUGGAGGCGGGCCUUGUGGCCCAGGCUCGCGCGGUCGAGCGCGAGAGGGUCAAGAAGCAGGAGCUGAUCGAGAUCGUCCCGAGGUCUCAGGCUUUCGCCGAGACUGGGCGUCCGCCCAUCCCACUCAAGUGGGUCGACACGAACAAGGGUGACGCGGAGAGGCCCAACUACAGGAGCAGGCUCGUCGUGAAGGAGAUCAAGGCGAAGAAGCGCCCUGACGAGCAGCUGGAGGCGUCCGAGGUCUUCUCGGCCAUGCCCCCUCUGGAGGCCAUGCGGUCGCUGGUCUCGCUGAUGGUCACGUGGACGCGGGAAGCACCGCUCCACAUUCAGGAGUCGCUUCGCAAGAAGGGCAGGGCGCACUUCUACGGGAAGGCGCAGCGGAGGAUCUUCGUGGAGCUGGAGGAGGAGAGUCGCAAGGAGUACGGCGAAGACAAGUGUGGCUUACUCCUCAAGUCCUGGUACGGCACGCAGGACGCCAGCAAGAUCUGGCAGGGCGACUACACGGAGCUGCUGGAGGAACACGGCUACAAGGCGGGCGUGUCGUGCCCAGCGGUCUUCUUCAAGGAGGUGGACGAGACGAGGCUGCUGGGGCACGGCGACGACUUCGCGGUGCUGGCUCAGCAGCAGGACAUCGACAGCUUUGAGGCCACGCUGGGCAAGAAGUACGAGUUCAAGAAGACUGCGAACCUAGGCUUCGACGAGGGCGAUGACAAGCAGGCGGUCUUCCUGAAUCGGGUCAUCGAGGUCAGCGCGGGAGUUCCGCCUGGCGGUGGCCGGCCCUGCCGGCAUGCGAUGAUCGAGCCGGACAAGCGGCGCGCGGAGAUCGUGAUCGACGAGUUGGGUCUCAGCAAGGCCAACGGCGUGGACACGCCGAUGGAGAAGCGCAGCGCCGACAAGCAGAUGAUGGAUGCGAAGUCGGCGGCGUUGGGAGCAGCGGAAGCUUCGCGCUUCCGAUCCCUCACCAUGAGGGUGGCCUACCUGUCUCAGGACAGGCUGGACUUGGCAGAGGCAUCGAAGACGCUCGCUAGGUCCAUGCAGACGCCAACGGAGGCGAGUUGGCUCAUGCUCAAGAGGGUUGGCCGCUACCUCAAGCGGCAUCCUAGCACGGUGACGGUUUUCACGGAGCAGAAGAUGUUCGACAAGAUCCGGGUGCACGUGGACUCCGAUCAUGCGGGCUGCGCAGUCACCCGGAAGAGCACCGGAGGCUUCGUGGCGAUGCUGGGGCAUCAUGUCGUCAAGCAUGGCAGUAAUCUGCAGUCGACGGUUUCUUUGAGCAGCGGAGAGAGCGAGUACUACGCCCUGGUGAAGGGCGGGAGCGUGGGCCUGGGCCUUCACAGCCUCUUCGCGGACUGGGGGCUGGACCUGAAGGUAGAGCUCGCCUCGGAUUCAUCGGCGGCCCGGGGCCACGUCCAACGGCGGGGUCUCGGGAAGAUGCGACAUGUUCAAUCACGAUACUUGUGGAUCCAGGAGCGCGUGGGUAAGGGCGACCUCUCGAUCGCCGCGGUUCCUGGUAAGAACAAUGUCGCGGACGUGCUGACCAAGAGCGUGGGUGGCUCCCUUUUGAGGAGACACAUGGCGACGCUCAACAUCUGGGAUCGGACACCGAGUUUGACUCAGAAGGACUUCAAGAGCCGGGCGGAGGCCGCGCGACAGCCAUCGAGCCCGAACCCCGUGGCGGCCCAGAUCUCCGACGCCUCCGAGAGGCCCGUGGUGAGGCUGCACAUCUACGACGUCACCAGCGAGUCGGCGGUGCAGCGGGUGAACGAUGUCCUCCGCCCCGUCGGCGUGGGCAUCUUCCACGUGGGGGUGGAGGAGUGGAGCUACGGGUAUUCCGCCGACGAGACCGGCGUGGGGAGCUGCGCUCCCCGACGGCACAAGCAGCACCGCUACCGGGAGUCGCUGGAGAUGGGGGCUUCCCCGCUGUCCAGCGAGGAGAUCGGGAAGUUGCUGGAGCGGAUGGAGGAGGAGUGGCACGGAAAGGACUACGACCUCCUGUCGCGGAAUUGUUGCCAUUUCAGCGAUGCGUUGUGCCGAGGCCUCGGCGUCGGCACCAUCCCCGAGUGGCUGCUGAGGAUGGCCAGCGCCGCCGACACGGUCCGCACCGGCGUGGACAAUGCUGCGCUCGCUGCCCAGACUGCGGCGCGCUUGGCCGCUGAGAGGGCAGGACGUCUCGACGACCGCUACCAGAUCUCGUGUUCCAUCGAUCAGCUCACCACUCGGGAGGUCGCGAUCGACGAGAGGUCGGUAGGGGCGUCCAUGGAGGCGAUGUGGUCGACCGCCGCCGAGCGUGCCAGCUGGGUGGGCUCGGUGGCGGAGAGGUGGUUCGACGAGGCCCAGAGGCCCGCCUCGUUCGACCCCGAGGCUGUCGAGCGCUUCGCCGCGGGCUUCUGGUCAUGGGCCUCGUCGGCCGCGGCCCCCGCCCCGCCGGGCGGCCCUGCCGAGCGGUGCCCGGUUCCCCCCGCCCCGCGCUCGGAGCUGGCGCGCUGCCGGGAGGUGACCCCCGGCGAGCAGAGCCCGCUGAGCCCCGAGGCCGCCAGCCUGGAGCCCGAGGCCGCCCCGCGGAGCUCCCGGCCGGCGCUGCCCCCGCUGGGCGCCCCGAGGGCCGCCGCCGUGGCCCCGCCGCCGGACAGCUGGGGUGGCGAGGGCGCGGGCCCGUGCCUCACGCCGCGCGCGGCCCCGCUGUGGCCGAGCCUGGGCCUCCAAGGCCUGGCGCCGCCUGCCUGCGGCGGCGGGUCCCCCGCGGCGCGGAGCGGGGCCAAGAAGCAGGCGGAGUUCGCGGCCUCGGCCCUCGACUUCGACGACCUGGCCACGGCCAGGAAGUGCCUCCGGUUCGCGCUGCGGUCCCUGGAGGCGCCCGACGCCAUCAUCCUGGAGCCAGAGCCCGAGGUGCCCGAGGCAUCCUCCGGGCCGCCCCCGGAGCGCGUCCGCCGCGAGGCGCGGCUGUGUGCGGAGCGCGCGGCGGCGAGCCUCGGCGGCGGCGACGCGGCGGAGGCGUCGAGCCGCCUGCGCGAGGCGCUGGACCUGCUCGCGGAGGCCUAGGCCGCUGCCGCGGCCAGGAACAUGUUCGCGUCGUGAAAGCAGCAGGCGAUCGUUGUCUGACUCAUUGCUUUGCCGAUCGGCGCGGGCCCUCGCACGACCCCCCCCCGUGGAGUAGACCUUGGCUGUCUUCGGCGCCGCGGCUUCAGGCGGGUGGAGUCUCCCCCACAGGACAUUUGAAGGGAUGCGGGGAGGGCGCGAGGGCCGCCGUUGUCUCCAUUGGCACUCCUCCUGCGGGAAGGCGGCCACGGAAUGAGGCCGCGCCGACAGCAGCGGCGAAGCCGUGCGUCUCCGCUGGUGCACGACAGCGUGCCCCGGCAGGCGAGAGGCCUGGUACCUAAAGGGGCCAGGAGUCACGGAGGCCUGCUCUCGAAGAAGAGAAAGCGCCACAAGCAGAAGCUGUUUCGCACUCCGCG